AUUUACUUGAGCUCUUGCCCCAAAGUCGGCGGUGCGCCUCAACAGCCAGUGCCUUUUCAUGAGCCUUUUCGCCAGCGCCCCUUGGUGACUUGACCCCUAGGUGGCCAUUUUGGCUUGCAAUUCUGAAUUAUCAUAGCUUGCGCUAGUAGCAGCUUAGCCUGCUGGGAUUUGCUGAGGACUCGGCUGAUUGAGGGGGUCUCACGCUCUCGCGCUGCAGGAGGCGACGGCCCUCAGCACAGAACCCUAGUAACCACACAUAAAUCUUAGCCCACGGCGGCCAUGGCAAGCCGGCUGGCAAGUGAUGCCGACGCAAAUCAUGGGAUCGAAGCGGGCACCGCACAGUCACUCAACCAAGUUAUUGCCCGCAUGUUUGUCGAGGCCGAGACUCGCGACCCACAUCCUGUUCGCUCCAUGGCCGGCCCUAUCAGCGCCUUCUCCCAGCCGCCCCCGGCUCCCCACCAGCGGGCCCAACUGCCGCCGCCGCAAGCUGGCGUGCCGUCGCAUGCGCAGAUUAGCGAUCGCCUCCUGCAGUUGCAGGCGCAGCAGACGCAGCAGGCGCAGGCUGACGCAGCCCUCGUGCAGGCUGCCGGCGGCCAGUCGCAGGAGCAGGUGAUCGCGCGCCUCGUGCAAAUACAGCUGCAGCAGGCGCGGCAGAUGCAGGAGGCGGCGCGGCAGCGGUACCAGCAGUACUCGGGCGUGCAGGCGCCGCUGCCUGACCAGCAAGCACAGCUCACGCGGGAGCACAUCCAGCUGCAGAACGAGUGGAUGCAGCACGUGCAGCCGCAGCCACUGCAGCAGCGGCCGAACCAGCCGUACUCCGCGAUGCAGAUACAGGGUCAGCAUGAGGGGCCGUGGCACCAGCCGGCGCAGCAACAGCGGGUUCAGGCGUGGCUGCAGCAGCAGUCUGCUCCAGGAGCCCCGGCCGACAUCCUGCGGCAAAUGACCGACCUCAGCCUGAGCCAGCAGCAGCACGCCACUAGCACCAUUGGCCAUGUGCCGCAGCAGGCGCCGCCGUCUGCACCGCCGGGCCUCGUGCCGCCGCAACCCGCUGCCGCCGGGACAAAUAUGCUGCACGUGUUCUUCCCGCACCUGCGGACCCAGCCGCAGGCCCAGCCGCAGGCCCAGCCGCAGGCCCAGCCGCAGGUGCAGCCGCAGGCCCAGUCGCACGUGCAGCAGCUGGUGCAGCAGAUGGCCAGGCAGCAUGCUCAGCAACAUCAGUUGAACAGCUUGGCCGACCUCGUACAGUACCAGCAGCCGCCAGGCUUUGAUAGCAGUUUUGGCCUCUAUGAUCUGAAUAACGAAAUGACAUGGCUCCUUGAGCAACAAGCACCGUCCUCCAUUAAUGCCGGCAUUGCGCGUGCUAUCCUCAUCAAGGCCGCCGAGCUGCCCCUGUUCCGGCGCCACGAGCUGGUAUCGGCCGCUGCCGCCGACCCUGACCUGGCGUUGGCGUUCACCGACCCUGCUGAACCCACCCAGCGGCCAACCCCCCAGGCAGUUGGCAUGGUCACACGCAAGCUGGCUGGGCUGCUACAGCAGGUCCGGGACAGCAGCCCGCCGCCGACCGACGAGGCGCACGAGACUAGGCAGGGCCCCGUGGCAUCCGACGAGGCGGCGGAGCCGCUGACGCUGAAGGUGCUGCCAGAGUAUGAGAAGUAUGCGCUGGGCAAGGAGGCGUGCCGUGCAGUCAUCAGCAUCAAGGCGUCGGCAGAAGUGAAGCAGCGCGCGCACGUGGCGCUGACGUGCGUGCUGGACCGCUCCGGGUCCAUGGGCGGCGAGCGCAUUGAACUGGUCCGCGAAACGUGCCACUUCCUGAUCGACCAGCUCACGGCCGACGACUACCUGGGCAUCGUGUCUUACUCCAACACGGUGCGCGAGGAUGUGCCGCUGCUGCGCAUGACGCCGGAGGCCCGUAGGCUGGCUCACACCAUGAUCAGCUCGCUGACUUUGCACGGGGGUACGGCGUUGUACGCUGGGCUAGAGGCGGGCGUGAAGCAGCAGAUGGCUGCCGCAAGCGAGCUGAAGGCGCUCGCUGCUGCGGCUGGCGGCGGCAGCGACUCCUCACGCAUCGUCCACAGCUGCUUCCUGUUCACCGAUGGACAAGCCACGACUGGACCCUGCACCGUCAACGAGAUUAUGGGCCAGAUGACGUCUCUGCAGAGCCCCGCCGACCAGAACAUCACGGUGCACACCUUCGGCUUCGGCGAUGACCACAGCGUGGAGCUGCUGCAGGGAGUGGCGGAGGCGCAGUCGGGCGUCUACUACUACAUCUCCUGCGCAGACGACAUUCCCAGUGGAUUCGGAGACGCUCUGGGCGGCCUACUGGCAGUGGUGGCCAAGGACGUGCGCGUAAGCAUUCGUACCAAACCCGGCAUCAAGCUCGCCGCCUUUCGCUCCGGCGGCCGCGUCGUUGGCGCAACCGGUGCCGCCAGCGGUGCUCGCAACUCCGCGGCCGCCACCACGCCCGGGGCGAAGGGCCACGCUGCACCGUUCAGUCAGCCCUUCGGCCCGCAGGCGCCCUCCUCGAUUGCUGCUGCAGCUGCGGCGGCAGCGGCAGGGAAAGUGCCUGCACCGCCGCGCCCGACGGCAGUGCCCACCGCGUCGCAGCCGCCGCCGACGGCGCCGGUCGCAUCGGUCUUCAACGACAUGUUUGCAGCGGAGUCCCGCGAGUGCCUUCUGGUGCUGGGGCUGCCUGCCGUGGCCUCCGCACGGCCUGGCAGGCCGGCAUCUGGCGCCCACGUGCUGUGCCACGUGGACCUGGAGUACACGGACGUGGCCACCGGCCGCCGCCGCCAGGCCACAGCGACCCUGGCACUGCCCCGCAGCGCCGCGCCCCGCACCGCCGACGCACAGCCCGCCGAGCUGGUCUUCAUCACGGCUGCGCGCUUCGAGACCCUGGACGCCAUCGAGGCCGCGGGGGCGGCGGCCGCCCGCCCCGGCGGCACCGCCAGCGUCGCCGCCGCGCAAGGGCUGCUGGACGCGCACAUGGCCCGGCUGCGGUCCACGCCGCGCUGGGGUGGCCCGGACACGCCGCUAAGCCAGGCGCUGGACACGUUCACGGUGCAGGCGCAGUCGGCGCGCGCUUCUGUGGGCCCCCGGUUUGCGUUCAACGCAGACGGCGUGGCGGCAGCGGCCAGCAUUGCGCAGGCGACGCAGGCUCUGCGGCACCAGCGACUGGGCACCAGCACCUUGCAGCCAAGCCCUGAGUAUGCCGCCCUGGACAACCCGUUCAAGAGCCAGUACCGCACCAUAUCCAGCGCCAGAGUGACGGCCUGCUGUCCCAGCCUCCCGCCGCCGCCGUUUUAGCUGUCGCACGGGGACCGGGACAGGCGCCGCACGUGCGCUGCGCGGCACUGUGUGCUUCUUAUGCGCCUAGAGAGUGUGUUACGGUGCAGGGUAAGCGGGCAGAGCACGGCACAUGCAGGCAGGCGUAGCAUGCAUGUAUGAACUUAGUGGUCGGGUGCAAUCAAGUACGCAGCCAGCGGUAGCCGACAUUGCUGUGAAGGAAUGAGCAGGAGCUGGGUGCCCCUGCGUCUGUUUGAGUGGCAGGCUCCCACACAAUACCAGUACCCGGCACACGGGCACUCCAUGUUGCAUGCCCACCCUGAUUAGCAGCAGCAAGUAAGGUUUCGCAAGCAGCUGAGUACAUUUUAGAGAACACAAGCCGUCAUGACCUGGCAUGCGCUGACUUUAAUUUGGAAACGUAAGCAGAUGCAAAUAUGACGGAUGACCUGUGAGGUAUGGUACCCCACCAGUCUGGUACGUACCGUACGUAGGUGCAGAACAUUCAUAGUGUUCGCGUGGGGUAUCAGAUACUGGCAUGCUACUGGAUGCAAGACGGCUUUGCACCAACAACCUUUACAGGGUAUUCAUGGGUAUUCAGCUAUCGGAUAUGAGCGCUGACACGCUGCUGCACUGCAAUGGCAGGUAUAUGAGAUUCAGAGAGCUUUAGAGUGGUUCAUCUUUCUACAUCUAUCGGGCUGGUGCUGAAGAAGUAAUAAGCAAUAAGAAAUAGGUGGGUAUGCCGUUUGUGGCACGCACCGUACUGGAAACUUUGGUAGUGCGGCGUGGCAUGUAUGGCCACCAACAAGUGAUGGAGCGUGUGUGUACUAAAGUUUUAACGGAUACAAUGCGUGGCGUACAAAGUCAUGGAUGUCACUCUCCUUUAUAAUGGGAUGACGUGUGAGGUGGUGAAAUUCGCGGUUACUGUAGACGACAGGCCGGUAGCAGCCAUAGACAUGAUGAGAAGGACAUGGGCCGCACACGGGCUGAAAGGAAGGGCGGGUGGCGUAGGGUCCAGGCCGGCCCUACCUCUAGAUGGCAACACAUACAGGCCAAGUCUUGGGCCCCCCUAACUGCUUAAUGCACAAUUCAUAUCUUUUGGGUAUUCAUGCGGCCGUUGCAGCCAAGGAACGUUACACCGGUGGAGUAGAGUAGUGGUCGACGUGCCAUGGCGGCGGCCGUGGCGGCGGCGUCGAUCGGUGGGCGAUGGCUGCGCGCUGUUGCCUGGCCGGCAUGACGCAUUUGGCGUCCUCAACGCUGUAAUUGGUUCGUUUG